AUGUCGGGGGGCGGCAGGCCGCCGGCUGCGCAGAAAAUCCUGCAGUCGCUGCGCCCGCCCCCGGUGUUCUCCACGCCGUCGCGGCCUCCCUUCGCCUCACCCGAUGACUACCACCGCUUUCAUGCGCCGACUACCCCUUCUGCCACCGGCUCCGGCGGCAUCGGCGCCGGUGGUGUUGGCGGCGAUAUUGAUGAGGGGCUUGUUAUCCGGACGCAGCUAAAAAGAAAAGCCACACGUGAAGAAAAUAAUGCGGCUGAGUCGAGUGACUGUAUGAUUGUCACCACUGGAGUUACUGGCAAUCCGCUACUCACCCCAGUGUCCGGAAAAGCUGUUAAGAAUUCUAAAUCAAAGACUAAGAACAAUAAAGCUGGGCCUCAGACACCUACGCCAAAUGUUGGCUCACCACUCAAUCCAUCAACUCCUGCUGGUACUUGCCGCUAUGACAGUUCGUUAGGACUUCUGACAAAGAAGUUCAUCAAUUUGCUGAAGCAAGCUGAGGAUGGCAUUCUAGAUUUGAAUAAUGCUGCAGAAACACUAGAGGUUCAAAAGCGACGCAUAUAUGACAUCACAAAUGUCCUCGAAGGAAUUGGUCUUAUAGAAAAGACACUUAAAAACAGAAUUCGUUGGAAGGGCUUGGAUGAUUCAGGAGUGGAAUUAGAUGAUGGCCUUUCAGGUUUGCAGACAGAAGUUGAAAAUCUUAAUUUGCAGGAGCAAGCCUUAGAUGAGCGUAUAAGUGAUAUGCGCGAAAAGCUAAGGGGGUUAACGGAAGAUGAGAACAGUCAAAGAUGGCUCUAUGUGACGGAAGAUGAUAUCAAGGGAUUACCCUGCUUUCAGAAUGAAACUCUAAUUGCAAUAAAAGCUCCUCAUGGUACUACACUUGAAGUACCAGAUCCUGACGAGGCUGGUGAUUAUCUCCAGAGGAGAUACAGAAUCGUAUUAAGAAGUACCCUGGGUCCAAUAGAUGUUUACUUAGUUAGUCAAUUUGACGAUGGAUUUGAGAAUUUGGGUGGUGCUGCAACACCUCCAAGGCAUACAAAUGUCCCAAAAUCUGGACCUUGUGAAGACUUACAUGCAACAAACGCUACACAAAGCAGCAAAUCAAUCAAUGUGGAAUAUAAUAUUCAGCACAGGCAGAAUACUCCACAAGAUCCUAGUUCUUCAAAUGAUUAUGGAGGGAUGACAAGGAUAAUCCCGUCAGAUGUUAAUACUGAUGCUGAUUACUGGCUCCUAACAGAGGGUGACGUUAGUAUUACUGACAUGUGGGAAACAGCACCAGAAGUGCAGUGGGACACCGCUGUGUUUUUACCCGAAGAUGUUAGCACCCCACAUGCACAUCAUAGACCGCGGAUGCAGGUUCCAAGCAUGGAUCAACCAUAA